UAUUUUUGUUUUUGUUCUUUUUAAGCAAUACACACUAAAAAUGAUGAACACUCAGGCAAAGUUUUUCACAAUGUUGUUUUGAUGGAUGGUUUGCCCUUAGGGAAGAGUGACCAUGGUUUUGGUGCUAGCUUUAAUAACCGGUCUGGCCAGUUUGUAAACACUGUUCAAAUUUGUGGCAAUGAAAUUGUGAAGAGCUCUCGUCUAAUAAAAGGCAGAUGGAGCAAAGCUGAAGAUAAAAAAUUGAGGGAUCUAUGCAGUCAAUAUGGCACAAAGAAUUGGUCAGUAAUUUCAGCAUUUUUUACACAACGAACGGAACUGCAAUGUCAGCAAAGAUGGAAAAAGGUGCUUGAUCCUUCCCUUAUCAAAGGCGCAUGGACAAGGGAGGAAGACGACCUUGUGGUGAGGCUGGUGCACAGGUAUGGUGCUAAGAAAUGGUCUUUGAUUGCGUCUCACUUGAAGGGUCGGAUUGGAAAGCAAUGUCGAGAACGUUGGCAUAACCACCUAAACCCGAACGUAAACAAAACACCAUGGUCUGAAGAAGAAGAUCGCGUAAUUUAUGAAGCUCAUAGUCAGUUAGGAAAUAGAUGGGCAGAUAUCGCGAAAUUAUUACCAGGAAGGACGGACAAUGCAAUUAAGAAUCACUGGAAUUCCACAAUGAAACGAAGGUUCGAGCCAGGUUUCCGGCAGCGAGUGAAAACAAAACCAAACUGUAAAAGUACGGAAAGAGACACUGCGGAAUUAUUCACAAGGCCGACUUUUAAAGUGAAUCCUCCCGAAAAUGAUUUAGGGACAGACAUUGACGAAAAUGUUGUUAAAUCAGAAGAAGCGCUACAGUAUAUUUUGCCUAAUUAUAUAAAAAAUGAAAGUGAGGGAAUAAAACUGGAGGAUGAGGAGACAGACGAAGAGGAGAUUCCAAACGAUUCAGAUCUUGUUAUGUCGCCUUUUAAAAAUCUAAACAACUUUUCUGAUAUGUUAGCUGAAUUGGGUGGCAUAGAUGGUCUUCUGCAGAACUACAGUCCUGUGAAUAAAGAAAAUUUCGCAUCAACUGUAUUUAAAAGAAACACGAAUUCUAACCAGAAUUUUCCACCGGCGCCGGCUAUUUUACGACGAUCUCGCAACAAGCAGCCGUUGUCUGAUAUGAACACAAAUAUCAAUAUGGAUGCCCCCGCCCCUGUGCAAGAACUUGGCUUUUCGCCGUCGGCUUUUCUGAACACUUCGAAAUGUACAGAGCUGGUUACGUCAACACCGGCGCGAAAAGUGGCCGGUUUAUCUGCGAACAAAACACCUUCGUUUUUAAAAAUAACGCCGUUGACAAUCGGCAAGAGUGAGAAACGGAAACGGAAAAUAAAUAUUUCGGCAGGGGUUGUUUCGGAAACACCAGUUGUUAAGCAGUCUAUGGUCAGCACGACACCAAGAACACCGACCCCGUUAAAAGUGGCGAGUAAACAAGAGCAAACUCGGCGCGCGAGUAAGUGUCAAACGAUUGACGAAAUAUCGGAACUGUUCAUACACAAGUCGGCAAGAUCGUCAACGCCCGAUCACGAUUACGCGAAAUCGGUAUCCGAAACAUACACAGAUCCUAUGGAUAGUGGCAUUGGCCGAGACUCGUUGCGACGAACUUUGUUCGAUACACCCAGUCAAAACCCACUGCUUAGAUCCUCUAGUGGAAAUGCCUUCACUGAAAAAGAACUGAACGCAAUCGAACAAAUGGCAACAAGUUUCACGCCUAGAAAACAAAACCCAAACUUAUCAAACGUUGCAAUGCCGAAAGGAAGUCAGGGCAGCCUAAAUUUUAUUCCCAUACAUCCUGGACAUGUACUCCCGCAAAAACAACAAAUUAAAAUUCUACCACUUGUCGGAAAGCCUUUGAAACUACCUCUGCGCAAACUACCGGCUCGAAAUUUGAAAUUUCCGACGAAUCAACCGGUGUACUUGAAUUUAUCUGAAGCGUUUAAAGCAGUCGCGUUUGGCCAGAGUACGGACCAAAAGUUUCUUACCGAACAAGCACGGUUAAUUAUGAAUGAAAUGAGAAACGCAAGGUGAGAGAAAAUUUUGUCUCCAUGGCGUUUGUUAUACAGUGGUUGCUUCACGAAUUUUUAAUGAUAUAAUAAUACUUCUGUGUUAUAAGAUAUUGUAGUUUAUUUUAAGUCAAACUUAACAUACUUCGUUGAUAGGGUUCUUGUCAUUCUUAGAAAGCCUGACUGAGAAUUAGAGAAAUGCAUUUCCCUAUUUCUUGCCUUGAUUUGUUAUUUCUAAUAGUUGCAUUUCCCAAGCUCAAGUUAUUGUAAAUUGUUUCUACAGUAAGAAUUUUUGUAUUAUUUUGUGCUUUCCCUCUCGGAGCUUGCCAAAAUAUCCUUUAAAAAAUUUCGAAGACCCUGGUAUUUCGCCCUGAAAAUUAGAUCAGAUCUUUCGUUAUCUUUGAGGGCCUAUCUUACUGAAAAUGGGUGUCACGAGUUUUCUUUAAAUGGGUGUCACAAUUAGCGCAUUGGUUUCUAAAGUCUUUGCUUUCCCUUAAACUGUUCAGAAUUUUAAACCUUUCUCUAUGCAAUAGAGCAGUAUUUAUUCUUUGUAUAUAUCAUAUAUAAUUACGUACUAUUUUUUCUUUUUUAUGUCAUUUACAUUUUUGUUUAUCAAACAGUGUUAAAGUCGUUUUGUCGUGAAGAUGGCUUUUACAUUGACUAGUUGUUAUGCCAUAUUGGUAUCUCUUCAUACCAACUGAAACUACUGACUGAAAAAUGCUAAGAAAGUGUUCAGGUUGCUUUCCUUUAAGACAUUUUUGGCUGCCGCUCCUAGCUUUUAGGAUCUGGACACGCGUGAGCAACCAUUGGAACAGUCAAUAAAAAUUCAGUGGUCAUACACACUUUAAUGAAAAGCAGUCUUUUAACAGCGAUUUCUUACUUUUGUUUCAUGUUUUCGUCUUGUUAAAUGCGAACUCAUAACUCGCCUUUUGUUUUCUUUGAUGUUUUUGUUGUAGUAUUUUUCUUACCAGGUGUAUCAACAAAUUUAUGUAACUUAUUCGGAACUUUUUACGCCCUCCAAGUAUGGGCGUUAAUGUUUUCAGCGUGAAAGGAACACGUAAAAAGGGCCGUUAAGAAUUUAUUGAUAAGAUUGCAAACAACACCAAACGGGGUGGUCUUUAUAUAGGACUGGUUAAAGAAAAGCCAAUACGGCAUCACAUCUUAUUUAUAGCCUCGUUUCCAGACAUGGUGUAUUCUACUAGAAACGAGGUUACCUUUUGUUUAUUAUGUUUUUACCUAUAGUCAAAAUAUAUUUUUAAGAUAAAAUUAUUAACCGUUAUGUAUCACGUUUUUUUUUUGUUCUCAAAAUGUAGAUAUUUAAACUUGUAAGAAUAACUGAAUGUGAUUUUAAAUGUUAGUUUUGCAUUGA